UUCAAAUUUAAUAAAUUCAUGAUUAAAGCCAUGACAUCAACUCUUUUAUUUUUUUAUUUCUCAAACGGUUAUGUCCCACGCCACAUCAGAAGCACCGGAAGCUCACCUUAAGGAAUUUCCCAUAAAUUUUGCGCGAAAGUUCGUUGGUAGCCCCACAUGUGGAGAAAUCUGUCGGCUUUCCCUGCUGUAGUUCUGAGGAAGUUGUAGAAAACAUGGAUGAGUGAAAUAAGAUGAGCUAAAUCUGGAAAGAGGGACAAUCAGACUGUAAUUAACAAAAGCUGAAGCUGAAAAGGAUGGGUAGGGUUCGGCUGAUUCUAUACGAUUUUAUUAUCUCCUUCAUGUGGGUAUGGUCUGGUUGUUUGGUGAAGAUGUUUGUGGUCGAGUGUUUAGGGAUGGGUCACCAACCAAAGGCCGAAAUCGUGACGGGUGCUUUAUACGUUAUCAACAUGUUCUUCUUUGCAUUCUUAGCCAAGGUUACCAAAGGUGGAACUUACAAUCCUUUGACUGUUUUCUCUUCUGCCGUUUCUGGGGAUUUCAACCACUUUCUUUUCACUGUUGGGGCCAGAAUUCCUGCCCAGUUUGGGCUGAUCAAGUUAUUUUCCAAAGCUAUGUGCUAUCUCAAAUUUGCAUCUUCCCAAGGGCAAAAAACCAUACUGCUGAUUGUAAUUGGAUCUAUUACUGGGGUUAGGCUCAUUAUUCAGACCCUUCCUGGAAUUGGACUAGGGCCUCGUUUGAAUGUUGACAUCCACUGGGGUGCACUAACUGAAGGAUCUUUGACAUUUGCAAUUGUCAUCAUCUCACUAGGGCUUUCUAGAAAGAUCCCUGGCAGUUUCUUCAUGAAGACAUGGAUUACAAGUGUCUCCAAGUUAGCUCUUCAUAUUCUUGGCUCUGAUCUCACUGGUGGAUGUAUGAACCCUGCCUCUGUGAUGGGAUGGGCUUAUGCCCGUGGAGAUCAUAUCACGAAGGAGCAUAUACUUGUAUACUGGCUUGCUCCAAUUGAGGCAACUUUGUUGGCAGUCUGGACUUUUCGGUUGGUAGUUAAGCCAAUAACAGAGGAGAAAGAAAAUGUAAAAGCUAAGUCAGAGUGAGUUCCUCUGCUUUUCUUUUUUUUUAAUUCAAUUGACUAAUCUGUGAGUUCAGUAGAAGUCAAACGUAUGUAAGAUUCAAGGAUUGAAGAAAAUUCAAUCUGUUUCUGCAUGGAUUUCUUUGAUUCAGGAGUCUGUAUAUACUAUAAACGGAUAUUAUUAUUUGUUUCUAAUAAAUUUAUCUCCUCGUUGAUCUUAUUACAUGUGCCACAUUUCCUUGGUAAUUUGGUUGUUGAGUUUGAUAUAUUGACUGCGAAAGUAAAUGAUGUAGAACAAGUAGAUGAAAGAGAUGGAAAAUAGAUAGCUAGAGGGGAAAUAAGAGAUAGGGGAAAGCAA